CCCUGGAAUAUAACAGCUGCCCGUAGCUGCUGCCAGUCACAGCAAUGUCUCUCCUAGCUUCCUGCGCUUCACCUCUGCACCGGAAGCUAUCACUACCACUUCAGUCCGAUCCUUGGUGGUUUUUGAAUCAGAGUUGGGUGACUCGGACAUAAAAAAAAAAAAUAUACAGUGUACUCUACCAGCCCAGGAUCCUGAACUGUACCGCACAUAGUCGCGAGAGACAUCAUCCGCCCCGAAAGAAAACUAGAGAGAGAACUGGAACACAGUGAAUUGCACCGAUUGUCAGGAGUAUAUAUAUAGCGGCCAUUUUGUUGUGGACAGACGUGGCAAAUCCAUCCUACCAGUGGUUAUUCAUACUUCAGUACAAAACCUUCUUUUGUAUAAGUGAUAACUCCCAGAAUCCUCUUCUGCCCAUGGAUGACUACAAUCCCCAGCAUGCCUUCUUUAAUUUCCUGUGUCACUGGGCAGUUGUAGAGGAGCUGUGUGCGACUCGGCUCUGAGCCUCCUGCAGAAGGUACCUCAUAUUUGAUUAGAUCCAUGAAGGCCUGAUUCCAUAUUUAAGGUCUUAAUGAUGGAGAACGGGAAGGGUCUCAUAACUGAGAGAAUAUUAGAUCUCACCUUGGAGAUCAUCUACAUACUUACUGGAGAGGAGUCCACAGUAGUGAAAAAGACAUCAGGAGAGCCAGUCACCCCGAGCAACUGCCCACUUAUGUCAGGAGCAUGGAACAGGACAAUGAGCCCCAUGAUGGAAGCAUCAUCUCUCUCACUGAUACAUGAAAUUAACAAUGAGCAAAGGAUCCUAGACCUCACCAACAAGAUCAUUUGUCUGCUGACUGGAGAGGUUCCUAUAAGGAGUCAUGAUGUCACUGUCUAUCUCUCCAUGGAGGAGUGGGAGUAUUUAGAAGAACACAGGGAUCUGUACAAGGACGUCAUGAUGGAGAAUCACCAGCCUCUCAUAUCACUGGAUGAAUCCAGUUAUGAAAAUUCACCAAAGAGACGUCCCAGCCUUGUGAAUUUUCAGGAUGGUCCAGAUGAAAAUCGCAUUGUCUCUCAGGACUGUCAGGAUGAAGGUUUUGUUGGUAUUAAAGUUGAAGUUAUAGAAGGGUUGGAAGAAACUUAUGGGACAGGUGAUCUGCAGUCAGGAAAGAAGGACACCCCUACAAAUUCCAGUAAAGCAGCUGGUGUGACUGUCCAGAAUACUGUGGAGGGAUGUCUUUUUUUAUCUACAGAUUAUGAAAUAGAAGAUAAGAACAAUAUACAAGUUUCCCCAGGAAAUAACAUCUCGUUUAUUUAUCCAGCGUUUCACAGCUCAGAGCUAUCAUCUGAUCCUUUUUUUUCAGAAAAAUGUAAUAUAAUUCUACCUGGCGCACCUCAAAGAGAAAAUGAUAUGUUCCCCUGUCCUGAAUGUGGCAAAUGUUUCAGCAAAAAAGUCAAUCUAGUUUCUCAUCUGAAGAGUCAUGUUGCAGAGAAACCAUAUUCCUGCUCUGAGUGUAGUAAAAGUUUCACACAUAAAUCGGUGCUGGUCAGGCACCAGAAAAUUCACUCUGGGGAGAAGCCGUUCGUAUGUUCUGAAUGCUGGAAGUGUUUUGUCCAGAAGUCUGAUCUAAUUUAUCAUCAGAGACUUCAUACAGGAGAGAAACCCUAUCCAUGUCCAGACUGUGGGAAAUGCUUCAGUCAUAGAUCAGUGCUUGUUCGUCAUCACAAAAUUCAUACCGGGGAGAAGCCUCAUGUUUGUCCUCGUUGUGGGAAGUCUUUCAUACAGAAAACUCAUCUGAAGAGACAUCAGAAAAUUCAUGUUCGGGAAAAGCCAUAUCUGUGCUUUGAUUAUGGGAAAGGCUUCAGCAAAAAAGCCGGCCUCGUGGCUCAUCCUCAGACUCACCAGGUUGACUGCACGUUCCCUUACUGUGAUUGUGCAAAAUGUUUCAUUCAGAGAUCUGAACUUUAUCAUCAGAGUCUUCACACAGGCUAAAAACCUGUUUCCGGAUUCUUCACAUGAAACAUGAUGUACAUAAAAAGAUUUCAUAUAGGCUAAUCUCUGCUUCCAGGUUCCUUAUAUGAAAAUUUUUCUAGAUAUAGAGACUUCAUUUAGGCUGAGCCUGCAAUCAGCUUCUUUUACAUAGGAAAUGUUUUAGAUACAGAUACCUCAUUUAGGCUAAGCUGUACUUCCAGGUGACAUGUUACAGACAUCUGAGCUGUUACUCUUGCAUUGUGACUAAUGGCUUAUUUACAUGUGCCGACUGAGCAGGCAGUGAUCGGGACAAAACUGUAUCCUCCCAAUCAUUGCCUUCUCAUCAGAGGAGUUGUGAGCCACCUCCACUGUAUGGGAUGAGUGAUGGCCACUGCAGUCACUCAUGCCCAUACAGAUUCUUUGUUUGAAGCAUAUACAAUUAUUUGACCUGAUGAACAAGAGUUUGCUUAUUCAUUGGGUGAUCGCAGGACCUUUACAUGGGCCGAUUAUCAGGAUGAGCAUUUACAGUCUUCAUAUACCUCGUGAUAUAAUUAGUUUCACAUGUUACAGAAGGUAUAGU